CUUGAAUAUUCCUCGGAUCAGUUCCCUUUGUGAGCUCGCUCUGAGUUGUUCUAAGCCCGGCGGCACGUGCUUCCCCCUUGAAAUUUAUCAGUACGCACUUAAUUUAAUACUGAGUACUUAUGUGAGUGUCUUGUGCUCUCCAGUGCAUUAAUGGUGCCUAAGAAACAUUAAGUUUAACCCAGUGAACAUGCGAUUUAAAACGUUUUUAUCAAACCUCCUGUUCCUCUGCGUGGUCUCAUUGAGGCUCAGAACGAUUUUUGGGGAUUGCAACUUAUCCGAGUUUGAGUGCGACAAUGGGAAUUGCAUUUCGCGGUUCGACGUCUGCAAUGGCGAGAGGAACUGCCCCGAUGGAUCGGAUGAGACGGCGCUGACUUGCAUUUCCCAGCGGAAGUUUUGCUCCAAGCCGUACUUCCAGUGCACCUAUGGAGCAUGUGUGAUCGGGACAGCGGGAUGCAAUGGAGUCCCCGAGUGUGCCGAUGGCUCCGACGAAACCAGGUUGAGAUGCGGAAACGAGGACGAUGUCCGCCAGCACGAACGCCGUCUUCAGGGGAAUUGCCAAGACAACGAAUUCAAGUGCCCCUCGGGAAUCUGCCUGGAUAAAGGCAACUUCCUGUGCGACGGCAAGGACGACUGUGCGGAUGGCACGGGAUUCGACGAGUCGGUGGAGCUGUGUGGCCACAUGGAGUGUCCGGCAUACUCCUUCAGGUGCGGCACAGGUGGCUGCAUCUCGGGAUCGCUGUCGUGCGACGGCAAGAACGACUGCUUCGAUGGCUCCGACGAGGCUCCCCUGCUGUGCAACACCACCAAGAAGGUAACGACUCCCGUGCCAGUGGAGACUCCGCUAGAACAUCAGGGCUGCCCCCUGCCCAUUGGCGAUGAGAGACCCAUCUUGACGGGCAAUGGCAACCGCAUCCUUAACGGUCCCAUCACCCGGGGAACUGUGCGCUUCUCCUGCAAACAGGGCUUUGUCCUCGAGGGUGAGGAGUCAAGUUAUUGCGCCAAGAACAAGUGGAGCACGAACACGAUUCCGAAAUGCGUGAAAUACUGCACCUCUGCUGGCGAGUUCGAAGGCUACUCCACCAAGGCACUGUGCACCCACAACGGUCAGGAGGUGGACUGCAGGAAGCCAUUCCAUCCUCCAGGAACCGAGGUGAAAUUCGUCUGUGCCACAGGAUUCAAGACCCGCAGCCGUCUGCCGGAUAUGAAGUGCAUGAAGGGCGGCUAUUGGAACAGGGUACGCCAGCGGUGCGAGCAGGACUGUGGCCAGAUAGCCACGCCCAUAAAGAGCUUCUCGGCCAAUGGUUACACCAUUAACAACACGGUGGUUCCCUGGCACGUCGGACUGUACGUUUGGCACAACGAGAAGGACUACCACUUCCAGUGCGGAGGAUCCUUGGUUACUCCCGAUCUUGUGAUAACCGCCGCCCAUUGCGUUUACGACGAGGGCACCCGACUGCCCUACAGCUACGACACUUUCCGGGUGAUCGCAGCCAAGUUCUACCGCAACUACGGAGACAUCACGCCGGAUGACAAGCGACGGGAUGUGAGGCUCAUCGAAAUAGACCCUGGCUACAAAGGCAGGACGGAGAACUAUUACCGCGAUCUGGCGCUGCUCACCCUCGACGAGCCCUUCGAGCUGAGCCACGUGAUCCGUCCCAUUUGCGUGGACUUCUAUGAAUAUGCGGAUAAGGAGGCAGUAACGAAUGGAACGCAGGGAAAGUUCGCCGGCUGGAGCAUCGAGAAUAAGCACGAGUUGCAGUUUGUGCCGGCGCUUUCCAAAUCGCACGCGGAGUGCCGGAAAAAUCUGGCAGACAUUCAGGCCGACAAGUUCUGCAUCUUCACCCAGGGAAAAUCGUUGGCCUGCCAGGGCGACAGUGGUGGUGGAUUCACCUCCGCCGACCUGCCGAUCAACGUCCGGAACACCGAUCGCCACUUUCUCUUGGGGGUGAUCAGCAAUGCUCCCAAUGCGGAUCAGUGCGCCCACAGCCUCACUGUGAUGUCCAACAUCCAAUGGUUCCAGGACCUCAUCCAGAAGGCGAUCCAUAGAAGCGAAGAUACCAGGGCAUGAGUUUCCAGAAUAGUUAAGCUCAAUGUGAUUAGAAUAGAUUUAAGUGCAGAGUUCCGCCGGCCAUAAUUGUUUGAUUACGGAAACAUUAAAUAUCGAAUUAAAUUGAUCCCAAGAAGGGCAGAUUUUGUAAGCGAUGUAACUUUCCUUAUUAGUAAUUUAAAACAUGAUUUGACCACAUCACGCUUACAGUUUUAAGAGUGUUUGUAAUGAGCUUAAAUUUAAAAUACACUUUAUGAAUAUAUUAGA